AUGUCGACAUACCGCCAUCCCGAGCUGGUAUUGCCAGAUACCCAACCGAGGCUUACACCUCGCAACCAACUCCUUGCCGAGAACAUGCUGAAGACGACAAGAUUACAUGUGAGGCGCCGUAUUCAAUUAUCAGUGCAACAAGCAAACAAGAAGUCCAUAUCGUAUUGGCUUGAUCAGAAACAACAGCACUCGACGCCUGGGAAUCCUGCCUGCGAUCGACUCUUUGCCGUACAAGAACUCGCUGAUGCCAUAUUCGCCCUUCUUGAUGAUUUCCAUGACAUUGCAUGUUGCUUGGCCGUCAAUCGCACUAUUCGACAUGCCGUGCAGCAAUCGGUCGCAUCCGCGAGGAUGUCCCUGCCCUUCGAGGAGUGCGAAGACCCACAUCUGCUCUACAUGGAGAAACAGCUCGACCUUGCUACCGCAACACCGCAUUGGCAAAGACACUCUCAAAGGUUCUUCAUGAACUCUGGUAAUAUUGUCUUCCCGAAAAAUGCUCCAAUGCCAAUGCUGGUUUCGAUCUACGAUGUCGUCAAUACUAUUGGCGAACUUCGAAGAGGUCGUGUUGCCGUCGAUAUGUGGUUCUCGGCCACUGGACAUAGUCCCAAGGAUUUUGCGCUUGAUGGCAGUUGGCUGAAUUUGUCGUUACCUUUGCCGGAUACUGUUGUUUGGAUGGUCAGCAUAACUUGCGAUUGUCACAGGACUGUUUCGUUUCUCAAUCGUCUGGACUACAGCGGAGAAGUAGAUCCACGCACUUACAAAGAUGGCACGCCGCUCGUCUUCCCAUACAAGCUUGUCACUGAGUACGGUGACCACCUAAGGCAAAUCGCUAUGUAUGCAAAGAAGGCGUAUCGGAUGCAUCGCCACUGUCGGAAUGAUUCUGGUGACAUUCCAUCUGGACUGUCUUCUAUCACCUUUGAGGCACUCAAACGUAAGCAGUCUGGCUUUGACUUGAUAGAUCCGUCGACAUAUUCAACUCGCCCCUCACCAAAGUUUCGAGCGAGGUUACCAAAUUUGUGGAGUUCCCAAGAAAUUCCACGCGAGAAGACCAGGAGAGAAAUACUCGAUGCUAUAAUGAUAGAGCUUACAGCCCUUCCGUCAAGCCUCAGCUGGGAUAAAGUGAUGGGAAGUAUAUCGUCUGACGACGAACUUCUCGGGGUUGUCGUUCGAAGAUCAGAACACAUUCCAUCCGAGGAGUUCGUAUAUACUCUGAAGAAACUUGGUCGGCUCUCGGCUUGGGAUAAGUUGAUGGGUCGUACUGAGGUGAAGCUAGGCUACUAA